AGCAGGCGACAUGCACCGCAGAGGCUCGAACUGCCAGGUCAUGAGCGAUACAUUCGCUGUCAUUUCAAGUCCCAACUGUUGAUUGCUGGUGACUAUUUGACGGAACCAGGAUCAUGGGAUUAGUCUCUUCAGAAAUGGCUUAACAAGAUACUGGGACGCUGCGGCCGGUGAACCAGUUCACGAUAGCAAUAAUGGAAGGACCAUGUCUGGACCCAGGCCCGUGGUGCUAAGCGGCCCCUCUGGAGCGGGCAAGAGCACGCUGAUGAAGAGGCUGAUGAAGGAGCACGAGGGCAUCUUUGGAUUCUCCGUCUCUCAUACGACAAGAAACCCGCGUCCAGGAGAGGAAGACGGCAAAGGCCUGAACAAGCUCCCCCUGCUACUGGGGGCUACUUUACUGCCCGUAGCAGACGUCUUUUCUUCCGAAGACUUAGAAACUUCGAUUUCAAACCAAUCCGAAACCACAGAUAAAGACUACCACUUCACCACGAGGGAGGCCAUGCAGGACAGCAUCGACCAAGGAGAGUUCAUUGAAAAUGCAGAGUUUUCUGGCAACUUGUAUGGAACAAGUAAAUCUGCCAUCGAGGAUGUCCAGGCCAAGAACUUAAUCUGCAUCCUGGACGUGGACAUCCAGGGAGUGAGGAGGAUUAAAGAGACUGACCUAAACCCCAUUUACAUCUCCAUUCAGCCGCCUUCCAUGGAGAUCCUGGAGAAGCGUCUGAGGGACAGGCAGACGGAGACGGAGGAGAGUCUCCAGAAGCGCCUGGAAGCCGCCCGCAUCGACAUGGAGCUGAGUAACGAACCCGGCGUUUUUGAUGUUGUGAUCAUCAACGACGACUUGGAAAGAGCCUACGAGGAGCUGAAAGAUAUCCUCAAUGAUGAGAUCAAAAAAGUCCAAGAAGCCAAGUCGUAAGAAGGAGUCGAGGUCUGGAUGUUGCUGAACGAAGUCACCGCAGCUGACCAAUAAAAGCGUCCGACCGAUUGUUCAGGGCGUUCACAUGCAAACUUCAGCUCCUGCUUCCAAAACUGGGGGCUGUUUUUGGUUGUAGUUAAACGCCUGUGACAGGGUGGAUCAACGCUUCCAUCGCACUGGAUCAAUCAGCAGGUCAAUGUGAACAUGAUGGAGCAACAAAACGCUGACCUGGCGUCACUGUAGCCGUAGAAUAGCUGCUGUCGAUGACCAAAUCACAACCUUUCUUGUGUGUUUAUACUCAAAUAAAACAUUUUGAACGAUCACAUUUGAUUAUUUU